AUUCCACUAUAAAAUCCCUCCUGAUUCUGCUUCUCAUUCCAUCUUCUCCUAAACUUUCCAUCAAUGGGCACUAAUCACCAUAACAGGUUUAGAUUAUCAGAUAUAAUCCCAAAUUCCUGGUUCUUUUACAAACCCAGCAGCAGGAACAAGAACACUACAAAAACAAUAACAGCCCCCACGAUUUAUUCCCCAGAAAAUGACUACUGCUCUGCCGUCUCUGUUUCACCGAAGAGGAAGGCAGUGUACUUGCCUUCUAGAGAUCGAGGCCAUUUCAAACCUGCAAGAGAUCCUUAUUACAUUUCAAAGUCCAGGAAUGGAAGAAAGAAGGGAUCUUCAAGGGUAGUGUUCAGAGAAUCGGCCGAUCCGGAAAAGGAUUUCAGAGAGUCGAUGAUGGAGAUGAUCAUUGAGAAUGAGAUGAUGGACUGGUCUGACCGGGAGCUGGAAGAACUUCUUGCUUCUUAUCUUUCUUUGAACUCUCAUGAAUAUCAUCCUCUUAUUGUCAGGGCAUUUCAACAAAUAUGGGUAGACCUUCGACUAUAAUUUCUUUGUUGUUAUGGAACCUUCGACUUCAAUUGACUCGGUAGUUUAAUACUACUCCAUACAUGUUUAAAAAAAUUGUUUAUUGUACAGUUUCAA